AGGAUCAGUUGUCUGCGUCGGAAAGCGAAAGAUGACAUCGAGGCUUUAUCUUGUUUGGGCGGUCGUCGCAAUAUGUAGCUUUCCCGAAGACGGUUUGGGCGCCAGGCGAUUCCCUUAUCUGGAGUGCUACAACGAGAAGACGGCAUGCUCAAGUCCGAAAUUGAGGGAAAUGUGCUAUUACACCCGAUGGUCAUGCAGAGACCUCGGAUACGGUGACCUUGUCAAAAACGAUACGACGUUCCCAAUGAUUUCUGGGAAAUGCGAUCGAGAUGGCCCGAGGGUUUUCUGCCGAAGCAAGAAAGCCGCAGCGGCAUGUCGAGUUGAUCAGGGUCUCUGCCGAAGACUUGGAUUUUAUUACUUCUGAGGAUCAAUCUCCCUCCGACGCGAAGGGCUCCAGACAGCCGCAUGCUCUCAGCCAGGAUUACAUGAGCAUUCUGCUUCAGAGCGAUGAUUAACGUGUCUACAAUAGAAAUAAAGAUGAUGAUGACGCGCU